AUGACUUCCAAGACUUUGUUUCUAUUCUGUGCUCAAGUAAUUCUUAUUCAGUCAAUUUCUGGAUACUGCAUUAAUAGUGCAUGGUCUAAUGGCAUUGCCGGGGACGUGGCCUGGGCUGGUCAGGGAUACGAAGCUCCUUUGAUGGCUGCCCCAUGUGCCGGACCUAUUCCGUUCCUGGGGGCUUACGAUCUUGCAGCUAUCCCUUCAUCAUACGGCGGUGGAUUUGUCAUCUCAAGCGCCUCACCUAUCCCACCUUACGGCGUCUCUUUGAUGUCAGAAAACGCAAUUGAUGGUCUCCUUGUGGUUGGUGGUGAGCUACCAUUCUUAGGUACCGUUGGCCUGGAAGGAGCUUUACCCACUGCUGGCACUGGUACUAUUUCUUACGGCUGUGGUAAUGGAAACGUGGGUAUGAUGCGUGAAGAUGUCAUGCCGAUGGCCGCUGGUAUGGGAUGGGCUGGCCCCUAUGCUCCAAUGGGCAACGGUUACGGAUAUGCCAAUUGGGGUGCGCCCGCCAUUGAAGUUACAUUGACGAAAGUUAUAAUUGUAACUUACGUGAGCCAAAAAGGCCUGAAGGCAGAAGAGAAGGACGGUCUUAGCAGACAUGUUGAUGUAUGUAUGAUACUGUACUGA